AUGAGCAAUGUACCAUCGACAUCAAGAGAAAAUAGCCGCAAUGCUAGUGAGACUUCCAGCCUUCAGGACUUACUAGUAAAUGUAGAAGCGAAUGAUUUAACGAGUGCAAUAAAUGAGGAAGUAUCGAUUCACAUGUCAGCACCACCAUCGCCGGAGACACCCAGAAAAAUCGAUUUUGAGUCGGAAAUAGAAUCGCCGAAAUCUGCUGGAAUUCGACGACGACUAACGCUGAAGAGCUCGAUAGGCAGUGAUUUAGAAGAUGAUCCCGAAAAAUGCACUCCGAUCAGAAAACCGUCUCGAAUUUCAUAUGAUGAACGACUCACUGUGAUAUGCGAUAGUCAGACGUCUUCUCCCCUCCAAACACCAUCACCAUCAGUAGAACGAGAACGAGCACCGUUUGAUGAUGUAUUUCAACCGAAAGGGUUUUUCAGCUUCUUCUGGGAAGAGUUGACGAGAGGCUACUCCCUGCACAACGACCAUGCGCGGUUCUCGGAGAAACGACGGAAAGUGUAUGCAUUCCUUCGAAUUCCACUGGAAUUGGAGCAAUUUUUGGCCUAUGGACUACUUCAAUGCAUCGAUUCCUUCUUCUAUCUAUUCACUUUUCUGCCUCUCAGGUUUUUGAUGUCAAUAUUCGGUGCCUUACUCCGUGUGAAACGAUGGACAUCUGCAGAGACUUGUGAUUUCCUAAAAGUCCUGAUUAUCUUCGCCGCUUCUAUGUUAAUUAGAGAGAUUGAUUCAUCAUUUCUAUAUCAUCAAGUACGCAGUCAGGGAACUAUCAAAUUGUAUAUUUUCUAUAAUAUGUUGGAGGUCGCCGAUCGAUUGUUUAGUAGUUUGGGACAGGACAUGUUCGACGCGCUCCUCUUCACAGCCAACUCAGAGAAACGUGUCUCACCCGGCCAUAUCGUCCGCACUACUCUCCAUCUCAUCGUUGCCAUCGUCUACGCGACAAUUCACUCAUUUCUAGUCAUUCUUCAGGCAACUGUACUCAAUGUCGCCUUUAAUUCUCAUAAUCAAACAGUUCUGGCUAUUAUGAUGAGCAAUAAUUUCGUCGAGUUGAAAGGAGCCGUCUUCAAGAAAUUUGCGAAGGCAAAUCUAUUCCAGAUGGCUUGUAGUGAUGUUAGAGAGAGAUUCCAUAUCUAUGCAUUGCUAUUUGUUGUGAUGAUUAGGAAUAUGACGGCCGUGAAUUGGAAUAUCGACUCGUUUGCAGAGAUGGUGCCGGAUAUUAUAAUGGUAGUGGGAUGUGAGUAUUUCGUCGAUUGGCUCAAACACGCGUUCAUCACGAAAUUCAACGAAAUCAACUCGGAAGUGUACAAAGAUUUCACGAUAACGAUAGCGUUCGAUGUGAUUCGGAGUAGAGAUCAGAGUGCAUUCAGUGACUAUUCGGAUCAAGUUGCGAGACGGAUGGGAUUCAUUCCGAUUCCACUAUCGAUCAUGAUUAUUCGAGUGUUGAGUCAGACAUUCACUCUCGAUAAUUGGGGAUCCAUUAUGAUUUUUGUAAUCGGUUGGCUCCUCCUUCUCGCGAUCAAAAUCUGCAACGGAGUGAUAAUGUUGGGCAAAGCGUGUCAACACGUGAAACGUUUCCGUGAUAUACAGGCGAGAUCCGAAUUCGAGUUAUUCCGGAAACGAAUGGUCGAGAAGAAGAGUAAAUCGGCACCUAACUCGCCGAGAAUGUCGUUGAUCGAUUUUACGGAUGUCCUCCAUCAACCGGCCGCUGGAAAAGGGUUUACUGUAUCCGAUAUGCUUAGCCAGUGGGAUGAAUUACAGCCGAGUCUGCUCUCCGAAAUGCGUCGUAGCACCGACCGCGAGACGGCCGUCUCCGGUCUAAUGGGUCGGAGCGAUGAGCGGACUCCUAGACGGGCGGUCAGUAUGGCUCACAUCCCCAGAAGAGACCGAAGUGAACCACCACCGGCGAGUAGUGAGCAGGAGACACCGAUGGAUUCAGAUGACGCGCCACCGACGAUGAUGAUGCCGACGGCUUCGAAUACAACGAACUCUGAACAAGCGUCGCCGACGAAGAAGAAGGCGCCGGCACCGGUGUCUGCGACGAUGUCGACGACGAAGUCUUCUGAUGAGUUGGCGGAUGUGACUGCUUAUAAGAUGCCGGAGCAAGGGAUACAGAGGAUUGAGUAA